GGAUGGUAGUAACAAAAACACUUGGGUAACUCAUUUAUGUAAUGAUGAUAUUCCAGAUGACAAAGUUGUUUGUGUCUUUUUUCAUUCUUAUUUUCACCAUGUGUCUCUCUUUUGCCUUGCCUAAUGACCAGUUGAACAAGUUUUCUUCUUCGGAUGAACAAGUGUUUCAACUCUUCCAACUGUGGCAAAUUGAGCACGGUAGAGAGUAUGGAACCACAAAGGAAAAAGAAAAGAGAUUGGAGAUAUUCAAAAGUAAUUUGAAGUACAUCAAUGAAAUGAAUGCAAAAAGAAAGUCACCAUUGCAACAUCGUUUGAGUCUCAACAAGUUUGCUGAUAUGAGCCCUGAGGAGUUCAGUAAAACUUACUUACAAGAGAUAGAGAUGCAGAUACCCUCUAAAUUCGACGAUAGAAAGCAUGAAGAUAAUGACAAUGAUACUGAAAACCUUCCGGCUUCAGUAGAUUGGAGGGAAAAAGGAGCUGUUACUGAUGUUAGAGACCAAGGAGACUGUCAGAGUCAUUGGGCUUUCUCAGUCACUGGGGCCAUUGAAGGAUUAAACAAAAUAGUUACUGGGAAUCUUAUCAACCUAUCUGCACAAGAACUUGUGGACUGUGACCAUGCUAGCAAUGGUUGUGCUGGAGGCUAUUACUUUAAUGCAUUUGGUUGGGUUAUUAACAACGGUGGGAUUGAUACAGAAGCUAAUUAUCCUUAUAUAGCUAAAAAUGGUACUUGCAAGGUGAAUGCAAACAAGGUUGUUAGUAUUGGCAACCUUUAUGUUUUGGAUGGAACAGAAGAAGCUUUUUUGGAUCGUGUUAGUAAACAACCUGUUAGUGUGAGUUUGGAUGCAACUGGUCUUCAAUUUUAUGCUGGUGGAGUAUAUGGUGGUGAGUAUUGCACAAAAGAUUCAAGAUUUGCAACUCUUGUUGCUUUAAUUGUGGGUUAUGAUUCAGUGGAUGGUGAAGACUAUUGGAUUGUUAAAAACUCAUGGGGAAAAGAUUGGGGAGAGAAAGGUUACUUGUAUAUCAAAAGAAAUGUUAUUGGGGAGUGGCCUUAUGGGGUAUGUGCAAUCAAUGCUGCUGGUGGUUACCCAAUCACAACAGUUUUAUCUUCAUCAAUCUAGUGGUUAUAGCAAGGAAUAACAAUCCUUUAGAAACCUAUGUGUGUGUUUCUCUAAGGCAACGCCAUCUUGUAGUGCUAUUAUGGUCUAUGGAAUUGGGGCAUAUAAUGCCCCAAUUUGUACCAAGAAUAAUAUUGGUGGACUACUUGUGUAGUGUAUCAUGUACAUGUACUACUUCUAUUGUGGCUUUAAUAAUAUUUGUGGACUACUAAAAA